AUGAAAACCGUUCUUUCCCCGAUCAAGCUGCCGCCGUCGCUGGAGGCCUGCAGGAUAAGGGCGCUGCCACCGGCGGCGUACUACAUCGCGGACUUCAUCAGUGAGGAAGAGGAGCAGGCCAUUCUCCACAAGGUCGAGACGGCGCCCAAGGCAAGAUGGAGGCAACUGACGCAUCGCCGGCUGCAGACGUGGCCCUCAGACCUCGUCAAAGACACGCUCCUCGAUGCUCAGCCACUGCCCGACUGGCUCGAAAACCCCGUCGUCUCGCGCAUCCUCUCAAUCCCCGUCUCGGACGGCGAACCGAACAUCUUCGCUAGCAGCCCUCACCGCCGGCCGAACCACGUACUCAUCAAUGAAUACCCGCCAAACACGGGCAUUAUGCCGCACAAGGACGGCUUGGCCUACCAUCCGGUGGUCUGCACGGUGAGCCUCGGUUCGAGCCUCUGCCUCAACCUGUACAGGAGCAAGGAGGACGGUGCACUGGACCCUGAACCGCUGUGGAGGAUCUUGCAAGAGCCGCGCAGUCUCUUGAUCACGACCGCGGAGCUUUAUUCCGGGUACCUCCACGGCAUAGAUCCCAUCUCGACCGACGUAGACCUUUCGGAGCAGACCGUCGCCAACUGGAGCCUUCUGCGCUCCGCUUCGUGCUUCCAAGAUGGGCUCAACCAGCGGCACAUGCGCAUUAGUCUGACAUAUCGCGACGUGCUGAAGGUCUCGAAGCUUGGGAGCAAGCUCGGGCCCAUGUUUAAGCGGCCGUGA